GCUGGUAGAAAAGUAGGCAUCACAAAUUCUGAAAGGACAUCCCAACUAACACAAUCAUCCUCCUGCCAACCACACAUGCUCCAUCCUCUCUGUUCAACUUUUGAACAAAGUGCAGCAUCCUAAGGGGAAUCAAUCCAAGAAGUCUAACUGGGCUGGACAGUGACACUGUGGAUGACCAUCAGAGCUAUUCAUUGGAGAAGCACCAGAGCCAAACCAAACCACACCUGUUGGAGGAGCAGAUUUGGCAGCAAAAUGGCACUUCUCCUGAGUCUUCUCUGCACCUUGUGCCUGGUGGGGCAAGUUCUUGGCCAGGACAUGCCAUAUGAGGAAUAUAUGGCCCAGAUUCAAGCUUGCCCUAAAGAGUGUCGCUGCCCCCCCAACUUCCCUCGUGCUGUCUACUGUGAUAAUAAAGGCCUGAAGAGCAUCCCUAAAAUCCCUACACAAACAUGGUAUCUCUACCUGCAGAACAAUCUAAUUGAGGUACUCUCAGCAGAUGCCCUGCGCAACGCCACACAGCUGCGCUGGCUGAACCUAAACCGCAAUAAAAUCACCAGUGAGGGAGUGGAAGAAGUUGUCCUAAGUACAAUGUCUCACCUGGCGCACCUUUACAUGGAUGAAAACCUCUUGUCCUCUGUGCCGUCUCCCCUGCCAGCUAGCCUAGAGCAUCUACUUCUCUCUCGCAAUCGAAUUUCCAAGAUCCCUGCUGGUGUCUUCAUUGGUCUGGAUAAGCUCAACCUCUUGGACCUCCAGGGGAACAAGCUGAUGGAUGAAGAUGUGACUGAGGUGAGCCUGAAGGGUCUAAACAACCUGGUACAGAUCAAUCUAGCCAAGAACCAGCUGAGUAGCAUGCCACUUGGCUUACCACCCACCACUACCCAACUUUUCCUUGAUGGCAACAACAUUGAGAAUAUCCCAGCUGGCUACUUCAAACGUUUGCCAAAAAUGGCAUUUCUGAGGCUCAACCACAACAAGCUUGACAGCAGUGGAGUUCCGAAAAAUGUGUUUAAUGUCUCCAGCAUUUUGGACUUGCAGCUGUCCCACAAUCGUCUGACUGAGGUUCCCCUCAUUUCUUCAGACCUCGAACACCUUCACCUUGACCACAACAAUAUCAAAAGUGUAAGUGGCACCAACGUCUGUCCUGUCGCCGUCGACACUGUGGAUGACUCUAUGAAUGAAAGUGUUCCUCGACUGCGCUACCUUAGACUGGAUGGCAAUGAGAUUAAACCACCAAUUCCCAGGGAUGUCAUUCUUUGCUUCCGUCUCCUGAGGUCCAUUGUCAUCUAAAAUAAAUCUUAAUUCAAUUUUGAUUUCCUUCAA